GCAUUAGACAAAACCUAGAAAACCGCACGUCCGACCUCAACUUUGUACAAAUUUGUUCAAAAAUGCAAUCUCAGCUUCGAAGAUGAAGCUAAUCUCAGCAGCUCUAAGUUUCUUCACCAAAAUGCUUGUAUCUCUUCGCAGCCUCUUCCACAUCAACCGCAGAAUCCCUGUCUGUGUCAGAGUAAGCCACCCUUUUCCUCUCUUUCAAAACUCUCGACCCCUCAACUUUUUCCCACCUUCAAAUAACUCUAUUAUUGUUUGCCCUUUUAUUUUACUGACUAGUUUUUUCUACAUGAUGAAGUUCCCAUUUGGGACAAAAUGUAAUAGUAAUACCCAUAUUUUUCUAGAUGAUUUUAAUAGGGAAUCCAUGUGUAAAAUCAUUCAACAAGACCAGUGGAAUGACCCAAAGAUUGUAACUUUGUUUGAUUCAAGCUUGGCACCCAUUUGGGUUUCUAAGAUUUUGGUUGGUUUAAAGCAGGAGCCUAAAUUGGCAUUGAAAUUCUUCAAAUGGGCGAAAACCCAUAAAGGGUUUGGCCAUACAAGUGAAUCUUAUUGUAUAUUGGUUCACAUUUUGUUUUAUGGUAGAAUGUAUUCUGAUGCUAGUGCUAUCCUUAAGGAAUUCAUUUUGUUGAGACAGAGGGUAGUCUUGCCGGGUUGUGAUUUUUUUGAUGUUUUGUGGUCUACAAGGAAUGUUUGUCGAUAUGGAUUUGGGGUGUUUGAUGCUUUGUUUAGUGUUUUGGUUGAUUUGGGAAUGCUUGAGGAGGCUAGCCAAUGUUUUUCAAAAAUGAAGAGGUACAGGGUUUUGCCUAAAGUUCGUUCUUGUAAUGCUCUUUUGCAUAGGCUUUCUAAGACAGGGAGGAGGGAUCAAUCUAGGAGGUUUUUUGCGGAAAUGAUUGGGGUUGGGGUUGCUCCAUCAGUAUUCACAUACAAUAUACUGAUAGAUUAUAUGUGUAAAGAAGGGGAAUUGGAUACUGCAAGAAUGUUAUUUGGACAAAUGAAACAGAUUGGCUUAACUCCGGAUAUUGUCACAUAUAACUCCCUUAUUGAUGGAUAUGGAAAGGUUGGAUUAUUGGAUGAAGUGAUUUUCUUAUUUGAAGAGAUGAAGAGUGUAGAGUGUGCGCCUGAUAUAAUUACAUACAAUGCCUUAAUAAACUGUUUUUGCAAAUUUCAGAGGAUGCCUCAGGCUUUUGAGUUUUUUCGUGAAAUGAGGAAUAAGGGGUUGAAACCAAAUGUUGUAACUUAUAGCACAUUAAUUGAUGCUUUUUGCAAGGAAGGGAUGAUGCAACAAGGGAUUAAAUUUUUAGUUGAUAUGAGGCGGGUUGGUCUUUUACCUAAUGUGUUCACAUAUACUUCUUUAAUUGAUGCAACUUGUAAAGCUGGCAGUCUAACCGAAGCAUUGAAGCUGGCUAAUGAGAUGUUGCAGGAAAAUGUUGACUUGAACAUUGUUACAUAUACAACUAUAAUUGAUGGUCUUUGUGAAGCAGGGCGAACAAAGGAAGCAGAGGAAAUUUUUAGGGCAAUGCUGAAAGCUGCUUUAAAACCUAAUGUGCACAUUUAUACUGCCCUUGCUCAUGGCUAUAUGAAAGUUAAAAAGAUGGAGCAUGCCUUGAAUCUUUUGAAAGAAAUGAAGGAAAAAAGCAUUAAACCUGAUCUGUUGCUGUAUGGAACUAUCAUUUGGGGCCUAUGCAAUCAGGAUAAGAUCGAAGAAACUAAAGUUGUCAUGAGUGAAAUGAAGGAAUCCAGACUGAGUUCAAACCCUGUCAUAUACACUACAGUCAUGGAUUCUUAUUUUAAGGCAGGUAAAACCGCCGAGGCAUUGAAUCUGCUAGAAGAAAUGUCGGACCUGGGCAUUGAAGUUACAGUUGUGACUUUUUGUGUAUUGGUUGAUGGUUUGUGCAAAACAGGAUUGGUCCUAGAGGCAAUUAAUUAUUUCAAUAGAAUGUCAGAGUUCAAUUUGCAACCUAAUGUUGCAGCUUAUACAGUAUUAAUUGAUGGCCUUUGUAAGAAUAAUUUCAUUCAAGCAGCCAAGAAUAUGUUUGAUGAAAUGCUAAGCAAAAAUUUGGUUCCAGAUAAAACUGCUUACACUGCUUUGAUAGAUGGGAAUUUAAAGCAUGGAAAUUUUCAAGAAGCUUUGAAUUUGCAGAAUGAAAUGAUUGAAAUGGGCAUUGAGCUUGAUUUGCCGGCUUACACUUCCCUUGUUUGGGGUUUUUGCCAAUGUGGUCAGUUACAACAAGCAAGAAAAUUUCUGGAUGAGAUGAUCCGGAAGCAUAUCCUUCCUGAUGAGAUUCUUUGCAUUGGUGUAUUAAGGAAGUACUAUGAGCUAGGACAUGUUGAUGAAGCCAUUGAAUUGCAAAAUGAAAUGGCUAAGAGGGGUUUAAUUACUAGCCCCAUCCAUUAUGCAGUUCCAAGUGUACAGCCAUAAGGUCUAAUUGUUUAGUCAUCCACAAUUUAUUCGAGCUGUGUGGAAAAUCUGAAUCAGAGGGCAGAGAUCUACCAUAAUAAAAGAUAAGAGCCUGAGGUAUACCUAGUAGCGAGGAUGCAAACACAUAUGAGCAGGUUCGUUGAUGAAGGAUGCUUCGAAAGGUCAUUAUUUUAGUGAUGCAAAAUCUGCCACCAGAACAGGUCUCAUUUUGGAGUAAAUUGAACUUUUGGUACAUCAUGCUUGCCAGAUCAAGUCUUCUAUACUGAUGUCAAGCCUGAAGGCUGACAAGUAAAUCAGAUGAGUUCUGCAUUCCAUUGACGAUUAUUCUUCUUCAGGUGAAACUGAAGGUUGAUUCUGAGAGAGCAUACAGUCUUGUAGUCUGUUUGUCAGCGCAGAUAGAGAGACUUAGAGCAGAUGAUGCUGUUCUCUUUAUCAGGAAUGAAUGAACAAUAUUCCUUCAUUAUAAUCACUUUGGUUCAAAGCUCCGGCAAUAUGUGCACAAUGGAGACACCCAUGGAGAAAGCUGCCUGCUCAGUAGUUGAUACCACCAGGAUGAUUUCAGGGGCCUUCUGCUUUGAGCCAUUGAGGACAGCAUAUGAAAUGAAAUGAAAUGAAAUCACCAAGAUGAUUUAUAUCAUUGUGUGGAAAUUCUUUUGGAUUUUUAUUCUUUACAUAGUUAUGUCAAAUUACUUUUUAAGUUGUAUUUAGUUCCAGAUAAGUGUGAAUGUGCUUCAAAAUAAAGUAAAAAUCCACAUUUUACCUUUUUUUUUUUUAUAUCAGAAUAUUUUGGUUGGUUCAA